UCUGAUUCACAUUUGACAAGCAUGGUGGACGUGGUGCUACCGUUGAACUCGAGCAUUAUCCUGGAGCCCGCGGAGACUGUGGCGUUCCGUCUGCAGCACGACACGGAGCUCAAAGCGCUACUGUCUAUUCACAAUGCGUCGGAGGACUCACCAGUCGCGUUUAAAGUGAAGACAAGGAGACCAGACAGUUACUUGGUGUGUCCUCAUCAGGGUUUACUGGAGCCCAACGGUUCGACGUCCAUCGUUCUCAUCCUACGACAAAAAGAUUGCAAUGAGCUGCUGCAAUUGGACGCAAAAGAGCGGCAAAUAAUCAACGACAGGUUUCUCGUACAAAGUAUCCAAAUGGACCAGAGCUUCUACGAACGAGCCAAGCGGAAAACAUCCAAGGACAUGGCGGACGAGCUUACUAGAAUGUGGGCGCAGGUAGACAGACAGUCGAUCUCUAGCAAGCAACUGGAGUGUCGCUUAUACCGGAACAUGGAGGAAGAACUGCAGCAAUUGAGUCGUACUCGAGAUGAUCCACCGGACACCACAAACGGCGUGUCAAUUAGAGGAAGCUCACGACGCGUCAUAGACAGUAGAAAGGGUGAUCGAGAGGUCAUUGUGAUCCGUAAGAGAUACAACGAGCUGAUGGCGCUCGUAGAACAACUCACGGUGCGGCGUGACACUUUGGCUGGAGAUUUAGCCCUGAUAGAGCAGCAGUUGCAACAGGUUACAAUGGAUGCACUGCAGGUGCGAGGAGCGUUAGGAGGGACCAACGAGUCAAUUCGGCUGCGAGGUCCGUGAAGAUAAAACUGGACGUCAGUUGGUUCAAGGGGUAACGAUUGCAGUUUGUACAUUAAAAUGUAAACGUUGAGACUUUUGAUAUUUUAGAUACUGAAACGGCAAACGCUUGUGCUAACAC